AUACAAAUUCAGAUUCAGACAAAAGACUUCACUCUGCUAAAAAUUUAAAAUAUCAAUUGGUAGUAGGUACUUUUGUUGUACUACGUAAGAAAUACGAGUAUUUCGAUAAAAUUAACGCAAUAAUUUUUGAAAAAAGAAAAUGGCAAUUGUUUGGUGUAUGAAAAAUGAGAGAACACCUAUUUUAAGCGUGCUUGCAUAAAAGUAAAAAUAUCUUCCUCGACGGUUGUUACAUUACUACUGAACUGUGUUCGAGCGAAUUCCAAUCACACAAGAUAUUUUUCUUAAAAUAUCGGUCCUUGGCUUUUAAAUAAAAAAAAAAUGGAAAACCCCUUUUGAAAAUUGUGGAGGUUGCGCAUGGAAUCCUUGUCCUGGUUUGCUCCAAACAGCUGUAAUUUAUUGAUUGACCCGGUGUGAAAGAUGCGAAAACCAAAACAAUAGUGUCCUGAUUUGAAAAGCAAGUAGCAAGCGACUGUUUAGAACGCUGUAAAAUGAUCGAUUGUUGCAAAGAAUCCCCCCAAGCAGACAAACGUAAACGAAUAGAAAUAACUCAUAAUAACCAGACCGCAUUAGUGUACAUUAUUAUCAAAAAGCAGUAAUUCAGCCCAAUCCAUCAGCGUGGCGUGUAAAUUCCUCAAAGCUCUCCUCAUUUUCAAAUCCAAAAUGUCGUACAAAAUCUCCAUGAAAAAUGGCAUCAACUGCACGGAAGCACAGUGGAUUAAGAGCAACAAUUUGGUGGACACUAGUGUUAAACUUGCGGGCGAGGAAGCCAAAGACCGACUUUACGAGCCCAAGCACAAAAAGAAGGUUGUGAGAGUGUUAACAGUCAUAGCUUAUGUUUUUUUCGUUUCGUUGGCGGCAAUUAUGCUCUCGCUGUAUUACGUUUUCUUGUGGAACGGAGGACAAAAGACUUUGCCCAAAUAUCCGAUACAGCGCGAAGCGCAAAUGAAAUGCGACAUUGUUGCAGAGAUGCAACAACAGAUCACCAACGUUGCAACAAACGAGGUUUUUUCCACUCCCUCGUCCACGGAGGAAAACACCACGUCGCCGGGCUUCGGACUCAGCUUCGACAAUGAUGAAUUCGAGAAAACAAGCACAUUUAUGAAAAAAAUUAUGUACAAAUACCCCUACGAUGAAAACGACUAGGGCAAACAAAUACUUCCUGUUUGCUCCCAUGACGUGUUUACAUUAUACGCAUUACUUCGUAAUAGGGUUUAUUCUGUAUUUUUAGCUAACAUUUUGAUAUCAUCAUUAAUUUAUUUUUAUAAAAGAAUUGCGGCGUUUUACCAAAUUAUGGUAGGUUCUAGAAUAGAAAAAAAGGUUUGCGACUUGAUUAUUUAUAAGGCUUGAGGAUAAAACCUUUUAUUGAAGGUUGAUUGGUUACAAUUUUCUUUUUUUUUUUUUUGGAAAAGUUUUCACAGGUCUCGAAUUUUGUGUAAAUUUUUCCAGUGUUAGUCACAGGAUUAAAAAGAAUAGCAGUUUCCAGAGCGUUUACAGUAUUUUAGAAUGAAGGUAUUGGUAACAUAAAUCAUCUUCAUCCAAAUGUUUAUCAUCGCUCAGCUUUCAUUCACUCGCGUGUGAGCUUAUAAACAGAUGGAAACUGGUGCAAUACUUCAAAAUUAAUCCAACGCGCAUUGUGUAAGAUUGCGAAAAUUAAAAAAAAAGUUAUGAAAGAGAUUACUAUUAUCUUAUGACGGAGGUUUGCAGUUGAAGGGAACCGGAAGUCUGUUCAACUUAAAGAGGUUCGAAAAUUGAUUUCUAUUAGAAAACGCUCGAAUGCAGCAAAAAACUUCGACAUAUUAUUGAAAUUUUGGGAUCUAAAAGUUCGACUUAUUAAGGUUCCACUGUAGUUAUUUAUUAUUAUGUUCUACGGGUCGCCAUUUUUAUUAAAGCACUCUUCCAAAUUUUGGCGAUUUUUUGACAUUUUAUCGUGUCUUCAGUCUUAUUUGGCAAAAGUAUGACCACUUUCUCGUAGGCAUACGGUUUUUUUGGCAGAGUUGUGGGAUUCAAAUUUGGCGCCAGUUUCAUUAUAGCACUCAUUUAAAUUUUGACGAUUUUCUCCCAUUUUUUUACAGAAACACGGUUCCUGAAUGCAGCAUUUGGCAGAAAGUUGCAUAUUUUCUUUAAUUUUGGCGAUUUUCUGUUACUUAUUGCAGUUGCAUAUUUUCUUUAAUUUUGGCGAUUUUCUGUUACUUAUUGCAGAAAAUAUAUUUGGGUUUUUCGUAAAAAUCAAGCCGCAAGCCUCUUUGUGAAAAAAAACAACAGAAUUUUGUUAAUUUUUUAUUAACAUAAAAAAUACAAUCACAUUUAGAUCUUUAA